AUGUUCUUAACAUCAAGUAAUCGUUAAAACAAAUAAAAUGACAUUAAUUGAAAAUAAAAAUUACCAUCGAAAAUUUUAUACAAUACUUAUGACUGUGGCAUUUUUCUUAAACACUAGUCAAUAUGAUUGUAUUCCAAAAUUUUUAAUGCAUUUUUAUAUUUUUGAUUGGAUGAUGUUCGUAACUUUGGCUGCAGGAUACAUUUUUUUCUAUGAAAAGCCAGGAAUGUCUUUAGGUAUGGAGUUAAUUCAAUACAUGAUAGUUGGAAUACUUUACACUUUGAUUUUUUUGGUAUUUAUUUUAAAAAAUGAAGCAAUUAUGUCUAACUAUAAUUUUAUACAAACCAAAUUUAUUCACUGGUCUAACAAAAAAUCAUUGCAUCCAAACGCAGUUUAUAAAAAAAAUAUAGAAACAGUUAAAAGUUUAGCCAUACCUUUAGCGACAUUAUCAUUGUCUAUUGCAUUUGGGCCUUUAGUAUCAACCAUAAACGAUAUUGGGAAACUACCAUUGGAUAACCGAGCACAUUUCGUCUUAUUUUGGCCAAAGAUUGUCGAUACCAAUAAAAUUAGUAUGUAUGGAAUCAUUUAUGCAGUGCAAGUCUUAUUCACUGUUAUUUUAUACAUUUCAUCUUUGUCAUUCAACUUGGGUUUUAUGGUAUUUUUGAACGAAUUAACUAACCAGUUUGAAAUAUUAUUAGAUGGAAUUAACGAUGCAUUUAAGUAUAAGAGAGAUAAACAAUUUCAACCACUUUUUAUUGAUUGUAUACGUCACCAUCAAAUAAUUAUUAAAUUUUUAGAUGAUUUAAAAUCAUAUUUCAAGUGGGUCAUCCUUAUUGAAAUAAUCGUAGUUCAAGUAGUGUUGGCCAUCCUUAUUUAUAAUUUAACAAAAGUAAAUGCAUCCAUUGGUUAUAAGGUGAAAGUUGCUGGUUCAUUAUUGUUUAAUUUACUCCCAAUUUGUUUUCAUUGUCACGUCGGAGAAGUCAUACUAAGCCUGCAUACACGUUUGUCAAAUCAUAUUUAUAACAUGGUGUGGUACGAUAUGCCCAACAAAAACAAACAACUCCUCGUGAUUAUGUUUCAACGCACUCAACGAGAUCUGACAUUAAGUUCAGCUUUGUUUUCGAACGAAAGAGCAUCCAGAUCGUUGAUUUCCAAAGUUAUCAAACAAGUGUACACAAUUCUAAACGUAUUAUUAAAAACAUAAAUGGUCAACGCCUUAAGAUUUAAUAUAGAUAAACAACAACCAAGUACUUGGACAUAGAUAUUUAUAUAGUAGUGUGCAUUUGUGUAUUAUAUAAUAUAAACACUCGGUAAAAGAAUAUAAAAUUUUAUUAACUGUAUAAAAAAUGAUAAUAUAUAAAUUAUAAAAGUAUUAAUAACUCUUGAAUUUAUAAUUUCAUGAAUCUAUUAUCUAUAAGCUUAUAAAAAGAAAACAAAUCAAAUUUACAUAGGUGCAUAAUUGUUAUUUUUUAAUUUUGAAUAAAAUUUAAUUUUGAAUUGCAUACUCUGUCCGAUUAAAUUAAAUUUAUUGUAUUCAAUUGGAAAUUUAUGAUAUAUUAUAAAC